AUGGUGGGUGAUCGGGAAUUGGUGCAGUCGGAUCGUGUUGAGAUGACGUACCUGGAGGACACCGGAGUGGCGCGUCUUGUGAUCCGCAAAGCCAGCCAACCAGACUCCGGUCAGUACACCUGCAUGGCUACGGGAAUGGUGGUGGAGCCGACGACGGGAAGGCGUCUCUCGAGGACGAUUACUUCCACUGCUGCUGUUAUGAUUGAAGGUAGCGUUUUAAUUUAA